CGGAAGUUGACGCCGGACGCUUUUUAGUACGGUUUGAAAACAUGGCGUCGGAAGCAGAGGCGGCCAGUGCAGCCACAACAGAAGCGGACGCCGGCGACGGUGAUGCUGCGUUCAGAGAACUCCCCGCCAGCGUCGACACGGAGUCACCCAGCGGCAAAGAGGGAAUGGAAGCCGCCGGCGAGGGCCCGGAGGCCGCCGACGCUCUGACGGGCUCCGGGGACGAGGAGAGCGGGCGGCAGCUGGGCGACGUGGAGCUGCAGUGCGCGCUGUGCAUGAAGUGGUUCACCGCGGACACGUUCGCCAUCGACACGGCGACCUGCCUGCCCUUCAUGACCAACUACGUGUUCCACUGCAACGUGUGCCACCACAGCGGCAACACCUACUUCCUCCGCAAGCAAGCCAACCUGAAGGAGAUGUGUCUCACGGCGCUGGCCAACCUGACGUGGAGGUCCAGGACGCAGGACGAGCACCCGAAGACGAUGUUCCCCAAAGACAAGGACAUCAUCCCCUUCAUUGAUAAGUACUGGGAGUGCAUGACGACCCGCCAGAGACCCGGGAAGCUCACCUGGCCCAACAACAUCGUCAAGGCCAUGAGCAAAGAGCGGGACGUGUUUCUGGUGAAGGAGCACCCGGACCCCGGCAGCAAAGACCCGGAGGAGGAGUACCCCAAGUUCGGCCUUUUGGACCAGGACCUGGGGACCAUCGGACCAUCGUACGACUCACAGAAGCAGACCAGUGCUGCCCCCGCGGCCGGAGGCCUGAACGGUGGAUCCUCGUUCUCAGGCGCGUUGGCUCCUGGACCCGGUAAAGGACGAGGGGCCAAACGUAAACAGCAGCAGCAACAGGAGGGUUCUGCAGCCGGAGCCACGAAGAGAACCAGAAGCGACCCCCUGUUCUCGGCCCAGCGCCUCCCUCCUCACGGCUACCCACUGGAGCACCCCUUUAACAAAGACGGGUACCGCUACAUCCUGGCGGAACCGGACCCCCACGCUCCGGACCCCGAUAAGCUGGAGCUGGACUGCUGGGCCGGGAAGCCCAUCCCCGGCGACCUGUACAGGGCGUGUCUGUACGAGCGCGUGCUGCUGGCGCUGCACGACCGAGCGCCGCAGCUGAAGAUCUCUGACGACCGGCUGACGGUGACCGGGGAGAAGGGGUACUCCAUGGUGCGCGCCUCCCACGGCAUCCGCAAGGGCUCCUGGUACUUUGAGGUCACCGUGGAGGAGAUGCCGCCCGACACGGCAGCCAGGCUCGGGUGGUCCCAGCCGCUCGGAAACCUUCAGGCGCCUCUUGGCUACGACAAGUUCAGCUACUCGUGGCGCAGCAAGAAGGGGACUCGGUUCCACCAGUCGAUGGGGAAGAGCUACUCCUCUGGCUACGGCCAGGGGGACACGCUGGGCUUCUUCAUCCAGCUGCCGGACGCCACGGAGACGGCCAAGGCGCUGCCGGACACCUACAAGGACAAGGCGCUCAUCAAGUUCAAGAGCUACCUGUACUUCGAGGAGAAGGACUACGUGGACAAAGCGGAGAAGAGCCUGAAGUCCAUGAGCUCCAGCAGGAUUAUAUUCUUUAAAAAUGGCGUGAGCCAAGGCGUCGCCUACGACAACCUGUACGAGGGGAUGUACUUCCCCGCCAUCUCCCUCUAUAAGAGCUGCACGGUUUCAGUCAACUUCGGGCCUCAUUUCAGACACGCUCCGAAAGACCUCAAGUACCAGCCGAUGAGCGACAUGGGCUCGGGUGCCGUGAUCGAGCACACGCUUGCUGACAUGUUGUUCCACGUGGAGACGGACGUGGACGGACGACGCAGCCCCCCAUGGGAGGGAUGAGGCGCCCCCCCCCCUCCCCCCCAUCAAAUGACAAACAUUUAAAAUCAGUCCACUGAGGCUCAAAGCUGAUGGAACUUGUAAAGGGUUAAUGUCUGUAGAGACCCCCCCCCCCCCCCGAAGUCGAGGUUGUCUUUUUGCUUGUUUUGUUUUAUUUUACAAUCCUUGUCUGUAAUUUACAGUUUUUUACUCUGGGUUA